AUGCUGACUCGGAUCGCUCAGCGCGGCGUGCGCAUGCCGCUGCGUGCUCUGUCGACGUCAUCGAAGGCGUCAAUCCAGGGCGAGACGCCGUCUACCACGAACGAGCUGCCGAAGGGCACCGUCGUGCCCGGCGAAAAGGUCGACCCGCAGCUCGGCGACUACCCGGACAUGCCCCUGUUCAACCAGCAGUUCCGCCCGUAUAGCAAGAAGUGGUGGGACACGCAGGACCGCCGCAACUACGGCGAGACGCAAGACGAUGUGCUCUCGAUGUGGUCCCCGGACGCCUACAAGACCCCUGGACCGCUCGCGCUCCGUCACUUUUUGAUCGCGGUCGGCGCUAUUGGCGCCUUCUCGACGCUUGUGUACGCUACGACGCCGGAGCCAGUGAUGCUGCGCAAGACGUUCCCGCGCGACGGCCUCGCGGCUGAGCUCGGCGGUGAACUCGCUCGCCAGGCUCGUGUCGACGCGGACCUCGAGGAGCCGGCUGCGGACGAGGAAGAGGACGAGGACGACGAGUAG